AUGGCCAAGAAGAAGAACAAACAGACGACGCUCGACGAGUUCAGCGACGGCGUGCUCAGCGGGAGCGCAUCGCAAACCUCGUCCAGCAGCUCGUCCAAGGCCCCGGCGUCCAAAAAGUCGACGAGCGCAAUUGCCGAUGCAGCUCCUGCCCUCAUCAUCUGUCGCAACAAGCAUUGGCGCUUCAUUUCCUCCUUCCACGGCCCCUGGUUGCAGAUGCCCAUCGAGAUCCUCGAGACCAUCGCCAACAUCAACUACAAUGCCCCGCGACCCCGUCCGAUCGAUCCCGCCGUCUUUUUCGACCUCCUCAAAAUCCGUCGCUUGGUCGACGAAGCCACGAACCUGGCUGUCCGCGCAGCCAGCGAUGUCGCCUCGCCCACGCUUACAAACGUACAUGGCGGGCUCAACGGCCAUGCGUCGUCGUUGGGCUUCGGCGUCGGUAACGGUCACGGCACGAAGCUGAGCAAGGAGCGCAAAUUCCGUAUGAGGGAGCAGGCGAGCCAGAAGCUCUCCCGCGCCUAUCGUCUCGACGAGAUCGCCUGCAGCGUCGCCACCAUGCAGGGCGCUUCGCCGCUCGAGGACAUCGGCGCUCUAGUUCUGCAGCGCAGCAAGGACGACCCGGAUGCUAAAUACGUCCACUUCUUCCACGAAAAAAUACCCUCGCGACAGAUGGCCGAGUGCACCAGCCUGCAGCCCCUGGACGAGGUCAUCUCGGCACGCCCAACCGAGGGAGAAGCCUUGCGCACCAGGGCCACCGUCCGCAUCUUCAAGGACGACUUCGAGGGGGCCGCACAGGACUUGAGCGCCGCCCUGCAAGUGCAGCGCUUCCACCAGCCGCUCCACAGGACGCCAUCUUCCCAGGGGUUGCAGAUGGUGAACGGAUCACGCAGAACCCAGGACGUCAUCUUGAUGGAGGAGCAGCAGCCCAGCAGCUUGGAGACACAGCUGUUGUUCCAGCGCGCGGGUGUUUAUCUGACGAUUGCGUGCCAGCACGUCGUGUAUGGCUUGCCAGAGACCCCUGUCAACGGAGAGGCGGCCCGCGCCCCCAAUAGUGCGAAUGGCUUGUUCGACCCAGAGAACGGACUUGGAUCGAGCGAGAAGAUGCCAGAACCCACGGCGGCGGACAAGGAGGCGGCUAGCAGCCGGCUGGAGCACCGCAAGCUCGUCAAGACGUAUGCCAAGAGAGCGCUCCGUGAUUACAUGGCUUACUUGUCGAAUUUCGACUACACCCCAGAUCUGCCCUUGAAGGUAUCCAAGGAGUUCACCGAGAAGGUCAACCUCGCCGCCAAAGGCAUCCGUCACCCCCGCGUGCCCGACGCGGGGAGCACCCCUUCCUACAAGCCAUACUCUUUGUCCGACCUGUUUGCUGCUGUCCCACCGGCCGAUAUUCCACCCUACCCGUCCCAGGAGGUCGUGCGUCCGUCAGGUCCAGUGCAGCCGGCCAACUAUGAGGCCAUCACAUACCAUCCCUUGCUGACAGAAGCACUUCACUCUUUGCUACUUUGCCACUGCUUAGUCCAGACAUCUACCAAGGAGCUCCUCCGCCAUGCGUACAUGGUGGCUCGACUGGCUCGUCUCGCCGACGGAUAUCCCAUCUUCCAAGCCAGCAGAUCUCCGGCAAGGGCGGACUGGAUCGAGGUUAUACGGAGGGCGCAAAACUGGAUCCAGAUGAUGGCGUCCUGGGAGCAGCUCUGUGCCCCUGCGCCACUCCCUGUUUUUGACGGGCCGCUCGGCGAGCAGCAGAACAGGACCCACCCGUCCCCCAAAGCAGCCGCCCUCGCCGCUGCCGCCAUCACGAGGGACGCUAGCACGUUGCCCGGCGCGGGCGAGAGCGAGGAGCAGCGCAAGGAGAGAAUCCGGCAGCAGGCCAUCAUGGACGCGUUGGACGAUGAUAGGGUCAUUGACGAGGCCGGGUUCCGGGCGGCAGUGACGGCACGCCAGAAGCGCGCCGAGGAGGACCAUGCCUACUUGAUGAGCCUGAAGAACAACAACAACAACAACAACAACACGAACGGAAGGCCGGAGUCCGGGGCCGCCGGUCCAGUUUCACCAGCCCUGCGCCGAUGGAGCGUGGACGAUGGGAGGGAGUAUCCCAUCUUAACGGAGCGCGCCGCCGCCAUCGCGAGAUGGAUAUUGGAAGCCCCACCGGUGAGCCUCGGAACCGCCAAACGUAAGAAGAGGACCGGUACGAAGAAGCACAAAGACGCCACGGGGACCGAGACUGUGGCGGCCAGCCUGGCGAACCUGUCGCUCGGCGACGCUGCGCGGGCAGUUGACACACCCGCUUGA